GUGGAGGAGGUUACCUACAUGCAAAUGAAGCCACGCAACCUUGCUGCCUCUGAAGCAGAGCGUGAGGAGGAGGACCAGGAUUACACUCAUGUUCCCCGAGCUCGAGAAAAAACACCUCCAUGUUAAAACUCCACAAUUAAUCUGAGGCUGAGGGAGGAAAAAAAGAAAGAAAAGAAAGAAAGAAGGGGGAUAAAAAACAAAAAACAAACAACCGGUUUGGUCAUCUUUACGCACCGAUCGUGCAAGAGCAAUAAGGGAAUACGAGGGCGCAGACAGAUUCAGUCAAUACUGUUAUGAGGCGAGAAUGAGUAACGCAGAAGACAGCGGGAGCAAGUGCUCGUCGGGCCCGAUUUCCAGCUUCACAAUCCAGUCUAUCUUGGGCACGCCGUCCGAUGCGCCGCGCUCCGGGACCAAGGAGCUCUCCAAGGGGCCGCCGCUGCCGCCGCUGCCGCCGCCGCGGAGGCGCUCACUGUCCGUGUCAUCCGAGGAGGAGUGCAGCGGCGGGGAGGAUUCAGCAGACUGCUUCUGCUCCGACACGGGUCACAGCGAGCGCCAAGCGCACAACUUCUCAUGUUUAGGUCCCGCUAAAGGACUAAUGCCUGGGAGUGAGGGGCUGUCGCGGCGUGCGCACCUGCCGCAGCCUCUGCUGCAGGAUUACAAGGAGGAGCAGGAGAGGCCGUGCCGCCAGCUGUCACCGCUGUCCGAGGAGAGGCACGCGGACGGCGGCGCGGACAAGCAGGGCAACUCGGCCAAGAAGAAGACGCGCACGGUGUUCUCGCGGAGUCAGGUGUACCAGCUGGAGUCCACCUUCGACAUGAAGCGCUACCUGAGCAGCUCGGAGCGCGCGUGCUUGGCCUCCAGCCUGCAGCUGACGGAGACUCAGGUCAAGACGUGGUUUCAGAACCGGAGGAACAAAUGGAAACGGCAGCUCUCGGCGGAGCUGGAGGCGGCCAACAUGGCCCACGCGUCCGCACAGACACUCGUGGGGAUGCCGCUGGUUUUCAGAGAUAACUCCUUGCUGCGCGUUCCAGUUCCGCGCUCUAUCGCCUUUCCAACGCCCCUCUAUUACCCGGGGAGCAACCUGCCAGCGUUACCUUUAUACAACCUGUAUAACAAGAUUGAGUACUGACUGACUCUGUACACUGUCGUGUUCACCACUGCAGUCCACGCAUUAGAAUACAAUACAACUCAUAUAACGUGUCUCCACAUCUUAACCCCGCUGUAUAUUAAAUUGUAUCACUUUAUUUGUUUGAGGAAACUAUUAUGCAGCAACUGUGCAUCACACAAGAAAGCAAUCAAGCUUCCCUAUGUAUGUAUAAAAAUACACCAUGUGUAUAAUUAUUAAUUAUAUUGAUUUUUUUUUUAACUAUUUUAUUUCUCGCCUUUUAACCGAUUAAAACAUUUGGAGUCUUCA